UGAAGCGAGGGGAGCUGGCGAGGGAUAGGCGUUGGGAGGGUGGGAUGGGGGGAGCGCCGGGCGCAGGGAGCUGAGUGGACGGCUGAGACGGCGGCGCGUGCAGCAGCUCCAGCGAGAAGCGAGUUGCCAGAGCCGGGCUGCGUUUCCAUCAGGAGCUGUGAGCUCUGUGCCCGCUCCCUACAAGAUGCUCAAGGUGUCAGCCUUAUUGUGUGUGUGUGCAGCGGCUUGGUGCAGCCAGACUCUUGCAGCUGCCGCGGCGGUGGCUGUGGCCGGGGGACGGUCGGACGGCGGUAAUUUUCUGGAUGAAAAACAAUGGCUCACCACAAUCUCUCAGUAUGACAAGGAAGUCGGACAGUGGAACAGAUUCCGAGACGAAGUAGAGGAUGAUUAUUUCCGCUCUUGGAGUCCAGGAAAACCAUUUGACCAAGCUUUAGAUCCUGCCAAGGACCCAUGCUUAAAGACAAAAUGCAGCCGCCACAAAGUCUGCAUUACUCAGGAUGCCCAGACUGCACUGUGCGUCAGUCACCGGAGGCUCACACACAGUAUGAAAGAAGUAGGAGGAAGCCAUAAACAAUGGAGAGGUCUCCAGUCAUCCACCUGUAAACCGUGCCCUAUAGCCUAUGCCAGUCCGGUCUGCGGUUCCGACGGGCAUUCCUACUCGUCACAGUGCAAACUAGAAUUUCAGGCGUGUGUCUUAGAAAAACAGAUCUCUAUCAAAUGUGAAGGGCGUUGUCCGUGUCGUUCCGAUAAAUCCAUGAGCACAGGCAGAAACGUGAAAAGAGCCUGCAGUGACUUGGAAUUCAGAGAAGUAGCGAACAGACUUCGAGACUGGUUCAAGGCCCUGCAUGAGAGUGGGACCCAGAACAAGAAGACAAAAGCACUGCUGAGGCCCGAGAGAAGCAGAUUUGAUACCAGUAUUUUGCCAAUUUGCAAGGAUUCACUUGGCUGGAUGUUUAAUAGACUUGAUACAAACUACGACCUGCUCUUGGACCAGUCAGAGCUUGGGAGCAUAUACCUUGAUAAGAAUGAGCAGUGCACCAAGGCGUUCUUCAAUUCUUGUGACACUUACAAGGACAGUUUGAUAUCUAACAAUGAAUGGUGUUACUGCUUCCAGAGACAGCAAGACCCACCUUGCCACACUGAGCUCAGCAACAUUCAGAAGCGACAAGGGAUAAAGAAAUUCCUCGGACAGUACAUCCCACUCUGUGAUGAAGACGGUUACUACAAGCCAACACAAUGCCAUGGCAGUGUAGGGCAGUGCUGGUGUGUUGACAGAUAUGGAAAUGAAGUUGUGGGAUCAAGAAUAAAUGGUGUCGCAGAUUGUGCUAUAGACUUUGAGAUAUCUGGAGAUUUUGCAAGUGGAGAUUUUCGUGAAUGGACUGAUGAUGAAGGUGAAGAAGAUGACAUUAUAAAUGAUAAGGAUGAUAUUGAAGAUGAUGAUGAAGAUGAAGGGGAUGAUGAUGAUGAUGGGGAUGACCAUGAUGGAUAUAUUUGACCAGUGACAGCUAAUGUCAAUACAUUCUACAUUUUUAAUAUUUACAAAAUAAUAUCAUAUUGAGAAUUUCCUUCUUAUCCCUAAACAAAGUGAUUCUAAACCUGACAUAUAUUUUGUAUAAUUAUUUCAAAUAUCGAAGCUAAAAUCAUAGAACUUUAUGUUAAAUUAGAAUUAUUUAUUUUCAGUUUUUAUAUGCCUUAGAAAAAAAGAAAACACAUAUGGGUUGCAGCCUGAAUAUAGAGAGUUGUAAAGAUUACUAUAACAAAAAUAUCAUAAGACAAUACUGUGUAAUUGUUCCACAAACAAAAUAACAAUGAACGUGUGCUUGGGAUCAUGUGUGUUGCUUUUAUGACAGAUUUUAUAAGUUAAAUUUAUAGCAGAUAACUAAUGAACCACAAUAAUUUUUUCAAUUAAUUCAUAAUGUUGAUUUCAAUUCAAAUUUGUCAUCUUCCCAAAACUUAUUGUUGGUAUACCAAGAAAAAUGACUCAUGGUUAAAACAAAGUGGUAAUCUUUUCAAUUAUGAAGUUAUUCUGUGUAGGAUUAGAUAUUAUGUGCAAUGCAAAGUAUGGAAAACUUUGGCUUCUGAAAGUUAAAAACAGUCUUUCUUUCUACUUUUUAAAUUUAAUGGCAUUGCAUAUUAUGUGUAUUUUAAAAAAUAUUCCUGACAGCCUCAUUUCUAGACUUCACUCUUUCUGAGUAGGAAUCCUGUAUAGAAUUUCAAUUAGAAAAAGAAAUAGAUUCAUUUCCACCACUUUUCCCAUAAAAUAUAUUUUAUUUGCCCAAGAUCAAUUUUGAAAAUAUGAAUUCUCAGUUUUCAUUUAGUAUAAAAUUUCCAUUUGAUCUUGGAAUCAUGCCAUUUUUGUUAGUGGUACUGAAAUUAGAGACCGUGUUGUAUGGUGCCUUGCAAAAAUAGAAAUAGACAGGAUUAGCAUGUAUAUCAGUAUAGGAGACUAGGCAAUGUGUAAGCACACAUAAUUAACAAGAUAUUCCUAUUAAAAUACUGCUGGAAUGAAGAAAAAUGGAAUAUGUUUCUUUCUUUUUUUCUAUUGUUACAUAAUUCCAUAUGGACUUGUUUAUAAUUAUUGUGAAGUGUAGCAGUUAAGAUUAACUGUAACAAAAGUUACUUUGUUCAAUAUACAUCAGUUAGCAUGUUAAUUAAUUGUGUAGGCAUUUUGACAUACCACCACCUUUGGGUAUUUCAGACCAAUAGUUUUGUGCUCAUAAUAGAAGUGGAAAAACCUGUUGAAUUUUACACAUUGAUACCUUUCACUUCAACAGUGAAUUUACAGAUUUCCUGGGAUAUUAUUCAUAAGAACACAAAUUUGGUGAACUCUUGCCAUUUAAUUUAUAUAUGCUAAAUAAAAACUUUAAUGUUGAACUUACAUAAUAUUUAAGCUAUAAUGCAUUUUCUUUUUUUACUGUUUAUGUAUAGUUUACAAAAUAAAGAAUCUCGUAACCAAAGUAAACAGUUCCUUAAUGAUUUUCUGGAGUAUAUAUAAUCGCAUGAAGAGUUUUAAUUUGUUCCUUAACUCUGCAAAAUAACAUACCACAACAGAGCCAAGAAAUAUUUCUGAGCUUACUUUUUCAAUUUGUAAACAUGAGUUGUUAGUGUCAUAAGUACAGUAAGAUUAUCUUUUUUGUUGGUUUAUUUCAAUCUGUUUAUUUGUCAAAAUAUUACAGAAAUAAAUACUUUUCUUUCCAAAA